AUGGUACAAAAGACGCGCCCCGAUGGGCCCUCUCAAGCCGAACAACUGUUGCGCGUAACCUCUGGCAUUGCUGCUGCGCUAAUUGCCGCUCACGAUGCUGGCGAAAGUGUGUCGCUAAACGAGAUUCGCGCCAAGAUCAGCAAGAAGUUUGGGUACGGAGGGGUCCCGCGACUGGUGGAUAUUAUCAGCGCCAUUCCAGAGGAGUACAAAGGCGCCUUGCUGCCCAGUUUGAAGGCCAGGCCAGUCAGGACCGCCAGUGGGAUUGCGGUCGUCGCUGUCAUGUGCAAGCCUCACAGGUGUCCUCAUAUCGCGAUGACGGGCAACAUCUGUGUGUACUGUCCUGGCGGGCCCGACUCCGAUUUCGACUACAGCACCCAAAGUUACACUGGCUACGAGCCAACGAGUAUGCGGGCUAUUCGGGCAAGAUACGACCCCUACGAGCAGACCAGAGGCCGAGUUGAGCAGCUCAAGUCACUAGGACAUAGUGUCGACAAGGUGGAAUUUAUCAUCAUGGGGGGAACGUUCAUGAGCAUGCCUGAAGACUACCGGCAUAAAUUUGUCGCUCAGUUGCACAAUGCUCUGUCUGGGUUCACGGGGACAGAUGUGGACGAGGCCGUUCGCUACUCGGAGCGCAGCAAGUCAAAAGCCAUUGGAAUCACCAUCGAGACACGACCCGACUACUGUCUACGGCCACAUCUUAGUCAGAUGCUGCGUUAUGGCUGCACUCGCCUCGAAAUCGGGGUGCAGUCUGUCUACGAGGAUGUCGCCCGCGACACCAACCGCGGCCACACGGUCCGCGCGGUUUCCGAAUCGUUCCAUUUGGCAAAAGAUGCUGGCUUCAAGGUAGUUGCGCAUAUGAUGCCUGAUCUGCCCAACAUUGGUGUUGAACGCGACUUGGCCCAAUUUAAGGAAUACUUUGAGAAUCCAGCGUUCAGAAGCGACGGGCUCAAGAUCUAUCCGACACUGGUUAUUCGUGGGACUGGGUUAUACGAGCUAUGGAGGACCGGGAGGUACAAGAAUUAUACCCCGAAUGUCUUGGUGGAUGUGGUUGCCAGAAUAUUGGCACUGGUGCCUCCUUGGACGCGUGUUUAUCGAGUUCAACGAGACAUCCCAUUGCCGCUGGUCACCAGCGGUUGCGAAAACUCGGGCAACCUUCGCGAGCUUGCGCUGAAUCGAAUGAAGGACUUUGGCGCCGAAUGCCGAGACGUGCGGUAUCGCGAAGUGGGCAUCCACGAGAUUCACCACAAAGUGCGACCAGAGUCAGUCGAGCUGUUGCGUCGCGACUAUACCGCCAAUGGCGGCUGGGAGACUUUCUUGUCGUACGAAGACCCAGAACGCGACAUCCUUGUCGGUCUGCUCAGGCUGCGCAAAUGCUCGGAAGACGGGACGUUCCGGCCGGAACUGGUGGUCGACGGCGGCUGCAGCAUCGUCCGCGAGCUGCAUGUCUAUGGCACGGCUGUCCCUGUCCACGGCCGUGACCCGACCAAGUUCCAGCACCAGGGGUUCGGGACGUUGUUGAUGGAGGAGGCGGAAAGGAUUGCGAGGGAGGAGCAUGGGAGCGUCAAGCUUGCGGUGAUUUCGGGUGUUGGCACAAGGGACUAUUACAGGAAGCUGGGAUAUGAGCUGGAUGGGCCGUAUAUGAGUAAAAUGUUGUACUGA